GGCGAGGAGUCGGUGGGCGGAGCUUAGCGGGUUAUAUUUAUGAGUUAACGGAACAGCCGCAGACUGACAGAGCGUUCAUCACCGUGCACAGCAGGUGCCGAAGAUGUUUGGCGUCACAUUGAUUAUUUGUGUCUCCUGUGUCGUGGCGCACGCAGCGUCACAUGAAAUUGGAUUGGAGUGCAAGAAAUUUUACGGCCCGCCUCCUGUGGGCACUUACACUCCGCAUCCUCCUAUGAACUUGAGGGUGGAGCUGGUGACAAUGGAAGAAGGAUAUCUGAUGAACAUAAGCUGGGCUGUCAAACUUGAUGCUAGUACACAAUUCCUGACAGGCACCCGGAUCCUUCUUGAUAGACAAGUGUAUCACUGUGAAUACAAACCACCUUUAUCCAUUUCAGACCUCCCUGGGCUAAAGCAGAAAUGGUUCCAUUAUUUAGUAAAAGCACUAUCUGGCAGGAACACGAUCCAAGUUGCUAAUCUCCCUUUGCCUUUGCCGGGGAGCGGCAACUAUUAUGAGAUGACCACAAUCAAAGUACCUAAAAAGCCAACAAGGCGUCUUACAGUUCCUACAGUUAAGACCACUGCUGUUGAAGAAAUAACAAUCUCCCCAGUGCCGAGUAGAAGAGGUCCUGAUAAUGUCAACUUCCCCAGCAUAGCGAUGGCCAUUUUUGGAGGACUGACCAGCUUGAUGAUCCUGGGUUCCUGCUACAUAAUCUAUAGACUACGUGGAGCCAACUUUGCCACAUCAUUGGGUUUCAAAGUUGUGCCUACAUCUCCCAUGGUUCCUACUCCCGUUCUUGUGGUGUACCCUGCGAAGAAUUCAACCUUCCAGCGCGCUGUGGUGGCUCUGGCAGAGUUAUUGCAGGGGCACGGUGGCUGCAGCGUGGCUGUAGAUAUGUGGCAGCAGGGGAAGAUUGCAGAGCUCGGGCCAAUGCGCUGGUUGGCCGAACAGGCCAAGGCUGCAGAACGAGUGCUCAUCGUCUGCCCACAGGAGACUCCCAGCGACUCUCCUCUCAACCACAACCUCCCAGAACCCUCCAUCCCUGCUGCAGCUCAUGACCUCUACCCUCUCAUCCUCAACAUGGUGGUGAGCCAUGCAAAGAAUUCCAAUGACUUGGCUAAAUUCUGGGUGGUGCAGCUGGGAAAACAGCAUCCCAAAAGGCCAAGUAACCUGGCACUGGGACUGAGGGCCUGCAAGACUUUUUGUUUGAUGAAGGACUUGAACAAACUGUGCAGGAACCUUCAAUCCCAGAGGCAGGAAGGCAAGAAGAUAUUCGAUAUGAUCUUUAGACCAGGGAUUGAAAAGAAUGCAGGGAAAUUAAGGGAAGCUGUAGAAAAGCUGGACAGACAUCAGUCAAGCAUCUUUAAAGUGGAACCAUUGAAAUCUGUGGUCACCACUAUUUGAACGUUUGUAAUGAAAAUGUUUACUAUCAACAUCGCUCUGUGAAGGUAUCGGAUUCCUCAUCUCCUCUCCUCCCCGUCUUAUCCUUAAUGGAUAAAGAGGAUGAGUCCCUGUGGGGUCAUCUGAAAAAAAAAUCAAAGCCAUAAACUGGUAAAUCUUUGCCUUUUAUCCUCAAGGUUGGUUUUGGAGUGCAUACUAUACUAAAUACAAUGUUACAAAACGAAAGCUCCGAAACAUUCAAUAAAAAAAUACAAUAUAGCAUUAAAUCUACCUUUAAUACUGUUACACUAGAAUCCCCCAAUGGCUUAAACAUGUUGUGUUUUUUUUUCUCAACUUGUAAUAUAAAAUAAUAAAAAAACAGUGAUAGGCAUGAGGGAGGAACAUUUUCAUAUAUUGCUUCCCUUUAUAGGAUAUUUUAAUGUUUUACAUCUUUUGCUGUUUUAUCUGUUUUUUUAUCAGAUGAUUUUAUCAGACCUGUGCUUAUUUCUGUUACAAAAACACUGACGUGGACGUUGUGUGGAUAUUGUGUCCUAUAUGAGCCCUGUAUACUGUCGCAUACUGUUUGUUUUCAAAUAUAUAUUUUUUAUGUUUGUUUCAUCUGCAAUUCUCAAAUAUCAAUUAAAGAGAAAGUGUGUCAGCAUCA